AUGGAGCAUCUCAAGUAUGUUUUUUCCUUACUCGGACAACAUAAGCUCCUUGCUAACUUCUCCAAGUGUUGUUUUGGUCAAUCUUCUUUGGAGUAUUUGGGUCAUACUAUUACAACUGAAGGUGUGUCUGCUAAUCCUAAUAAGAUAUCUUGUAUGCAACAAUGGCCACUUCCUACUACUAUUAAAGAACUUAGAGGCUUUCUUGGCCUCACUGGCUAUUAUAGGAAAUUUGUUAAAGGUUAUUUGGCUAUUGCUAAGCCACUUACUGAGUUGCUUAAAAAGAAUUCCUUCAAUUGGAGCCCUGCAGCCACACUUGCAUUCAAUCAACUCAAAGAACCAAUGAAGAAUACUCCCAUACUAGCUUUGCCGGAUUUUAUAAAGCCAUUUGUGGUAGAAAGUGAUGCCAGUGAUCUAUGUGUGGGAGUUUUUUUACUACAAGAGAACAAACCAAUUGCUUAUUUCAGCAAACCCUUGGGACCAAAAGCACAAGCAUUAUCUACAUAUGAGAAGGAAUUCAUGGCUAUUGUCUUAGCUGGUGUUGAAAAUGUGGUAGCUGAUGCUUUAUCUAGAAGACCUGCUGAUUCAGUAGCUUGUAACUCAAUCUCAGUCUCUGCUCCAACUUGGGUGCAAGAUUUUCUUCUCAGUUAUUCUCAAGAUGCCAAGGCAGAUCAGCUCAUUUCACAAUUAUUACUUCAAGCUAAUUAUGUGCCUCAUUUCACCUUUAAAGAAGGUAUCUUAAGAUACAAAAAUAGGAUUUACAUUGGCACUGGAGGUAAUAUUAGACAUCAUCUUUUGGAAUCCUUGCAUGCAUCUGUUGUUGGUGGCCAUUCAGCUUGGCAACAUAUUACUAUGGACUUCAUUAAUGGUAUGCCUAUCAGUGACAGAAAGAGUAUUCUUCUAGUCAUUGUGGACAAAUUAACUAAGUAUGCUCAUUUCAUUCCUCUGCAUCAUCCCUAUACAGCUGUCUCUGUAGCCCAAGUCUUCCUCAAUCAGGUAUUCAAACUUCAUGGCUUACCUUCUUCAAUUGUCUCUGAUAGAGAUAAGGUCUUUACAAGUAAUUUUUGGCAAGAUUUGUUCAAAGCUACGGGUACCAAGUUAAACCUCAGUACAACAUAUCAUCCACAGACUGAUAGUCAAACUGAAAGAGUUAAUGCAUGUCUAGAGAAUUAUUUAAGGUGCAUCGCUGGUCAUAAACCAAGCAGCUGA